AUGGCGUAUAAAAAGAAUUCAAAUAUAGAACCCUGCGACUACAUGUUCAAGGUCUUGCUCCUUGGAGAUGCUGGUGUCGGAAAGACAAGUUUGAUGUGGCGGUUUUCGGACGAUAUGUUCAAUCACACCUACAUCUCUACAAUUGGAAUCGAUUUCAAAUUACGAACUAUUGACGUGCAAGGAAAAAAAGUUCGUCUACAGAUCUGGGAUACGGCAGGCCAGGAACGAUUUCAUGCUAUCAGUGUGUCGUAUUAUAGGACCGCGUCCGGAAUUAUGCUUAUUUACGAUAUAAGUCGCAGGCGCUCGUUUGAAAACAUUGCAAAAUGGCUGCGAAAAAUUGACGAACAUGCCAAAGAAGAUGUCACUAAACUACUGAUAGGAAACAAAUGCGACAUUCAGCAUCCAAGAGCUGUCAAACGCGAGGAGGGGGAACAGCUAGCUGACGAGUACGAUAUGCCUUUCUUUGAAACAAGCGCCAAGGAAAAUGAAAGCAUCGAUGAAGCUUUUGAAAGUGUCGCAAAGGAAAUGUUAUUUAAAUUUGUAUCAGGAUGGAGUGCAAAAGAACAGGAAAGAGUUACAAACGGAGCGGUAGUUGACAUAAAGAAAAAGAGUCGCUUUGUGAGGAAAAAGGAGAAAACUUGUUGUUAA